AUGAUGAACAAGCUGCAGGGCCAGCCGGAUAGCUACGAUAAGAAAGCCAAGUACCGUUUUGGAAAGACGUUGGGAGCGGGCACAUAUGGCAUCGUUCGGGAGGCCGAAGUUGGUGGGGGAGACAAGGUCGCAGUCAAGAUUAUCCUCAAAAAGAGUGUUAAAGGCAACGAGCAGAUGGUGUACGACGAGUUGCAGAUGCUGCAAACCCUAAGCCACCCUCACAUCGUUCGGUUUGUGGACUGGUUCGAGUCGAGAGACAAGUUCUACAUUGUGACCCAACUUGCUACUGGUGGAGAGCUGUUCGACCGCAUUUGCGACAAGGGCAAGUUCACUGAGCGAGACGCCUCGCAGACAAUUAGGCAGGUCCUGGAGGCAGUCGACUAUCUUCAUGAACGAAACAUUGUCCAUCGAGAUCUCAAGCCAGAAAACCUCCUCUACCUCACCAAAGAUCCUGAUUCUCAGCUCGUCCUUGCCGAUUUUGGCAUUGCCAAAACACUUGAAGGCCCAGGUGCUGUCCUGACCUCAAUGGCCGGGUCUUUUGGCUAUGCGGCGCCUGAAGUCAUGCUCAAGCAAGGCCACGGCAAGGCUGUUGACAUGUGGUCACUGGGAGUCAUUACUUAUACCUUACUUUGCGGCUACUCUCCUUUCCGCUCCGAGAACCUGGCAGAUCUCGUUGAUGAAUGCAAGGCUGGUCGAAUUAUCUUCCACGAGCGAUACUGGAAGGAUGUCAGCAAGGAUGCGAAAGAAUUUAUCUUGACAUUAUUGCAACCAGAACCCAAGCGACGAGCGACGAGUACAGAAGCACUCAAGCAUAUCUGGCUGACCGGUGAAACUGCCUCAGACCACGAUCUCUUGCCAGAAAUCAGAUCUUACCUCGCAAAGAUGAAGUUGAAGCGCGGUAUCGAGCUUGUCAAACUGGCCAACCGAAUCGACGCCCUCAAGAUUCAGGACGAAGAAGAGCCCGGCUCACCGGACGCAAACGACAUCCCUGCCAAUGCACAGAAUGCUGCUGGGUUGGCCGUCAAGAAUCAAAUCAGGGGAGUUUCCCCUGGACGAGGUCUCGCCACGAAUGAAACCGGCGAGAGGAGACCGCUGAGCAAUGCUGCGAAGAGUGCAAUUUUCCGAGAGGUGGUCCUGGCGAAAGUAAGGGAGAUGAAGGAAAAGGAAAAGACAGACAAGCUUGUGGCGGACAUUACGAAGGAGCAUGAGAGAAGAAAGAGUUUCUCCGGUGCAAGGUCUUGA